CAACCAAGCGGAUGUAUAUAUGAAGACUGAUCUGGCGAUUGGAAGUGGCAAAGAUUUGAGAAUCAACUAUAAUGAAAACAAUGCUGACUUUGAAAACAUGGGAUCUUUCGUAUUAAAAUUCUCAGAUCCACCAAAGUAUGGUUUCCUUUUGUGUACGGACUUUAUGAAGCCAAGUCAAGACCUUCCUGUUGAUUUGCCCGCUAAAGAUGAUGAUGGCUUUAGGAUCUUCAAAGUAGAAAUGCAUGGAACAAAUGGUUUGAAGAUCAGUUGCAACGAUGAGUUGCUGAUCACUUUCGAACCCUCCGACGCAGUGUGCACGGGAUGGUCGUCUUUUUGGAGAGAUACGUGGGAAAAAAACAAAGAGGUGAUAAGCUUUUCCUUUGACGAAGGAGUAAGAAAGUACAAAAUCUCAAGUUCGGAAUCCGCAGAUAAUCCAGAGUGCGACGGCUUCGACAUAGAAAGGAUAAACGUGAGGAGUAUAUCCCCCUAUGCUUUCAGUUACACAGAUGGUGAUAAAGCAAGAAUAUAUUGUAAUAUGAACUACUUCAUUUCCUGGGGUACAUCAAUAAAUGAUGUCGAGGGAAACAUUGAGUGUGACGCCGGUAAUUUUGUUCCUGAUCCCGCUGUAGGUGGUAUCGGUACAGCUAGCUGUGUGGCCUGUGCUGAUAAUGUAGCGGACUGUGUAGGUGGAACAUGCACAGAAUACGGAGAGUGCCUAUGUAACGAUGGUUAUGAGAAGUCUUACGAUGAUCCAAGACUGUGUACUAUUAUUCAGUGCGAUGCGUUUGUUCUCUCCAAUCAAGAAGCUAGUGCGGACGGACCGUAUAAUGUAGACGAUGUGGUCACUGUCACGUGUACAGCUGGAUAUCAUGUCCCAGGAGGACCUUACGAUGUUAAUGUACAAACUUUGAUCUGUGGCAGUACAGGGUAUUUUGACCCACUCCUUGAACCGUGUGUCGUGUGUGCUGACGAUAAUGAUUGUACUGAUGGGACAUGCAAUAGUUACAAUAUAUGUGAAUGUGAUGCAAGUGCAGGUUACAAGCUGAGAGAAGAUGAUUUGAACGUCUGUGAGGAGGUUACUUGUCCUGAAAAAUACUGCUCAUAUGGGGGCGAGUGUUCUGUUAGAGAUAUUGAACUGGUGUGUGACUGUCCACAAGGAACAGAAGGAGAUACAUGUGAACAAUUUACCUCAACUCCCUGCGACCCAGAUCCCUGUGAAAAGGGUGAAACAUGUAGCCGUGUUAUGACUGACCCUGCGGACUACACAAAACAUGAGUGUACUACAGCUGCUUGUGAGGGUACUUUUAAUGGGGACUGCUGCCAAGUUGUUAUACAGUUUCAUGAUGGUGCAAUAUGUAUGUUUUAGUUUCGGAACAUGAACAUAUUCUUAGUUAAUAUAUAGUUAGAAGGAGUAGAAACUCGUAGUAUAUAAAACUAGAAACGGGAAACCCGCUAGUCGAAAGUUUUAUUUGAGGACAUUUAAAAUCAGUUAUGUUCUAGUUUCUUUUCAUCCUUAAUG